UCCGGGGGUGGGCCUACGACUAUAAGGGGUGGAGGCUGGGCUGCCUUGCUCGGCGUUCUGCGGUGGACCGAGCAUUUGUCUUCGGUGCAUUUUGUGGCGGGAAGCUACGCGCUGCUGCUUGAAACCGACUUUCCUCCCGACUCCUACACGACCUGCUGCUACAGCCGGCUCUUCUCCCGGAGGAUCCAGAGGCCUUCCAGAAGCAGAAGGCAGCUCUGCUGCUCUGCGGAGGAGUAGGGUCCUUUCAGCCAUGAAGCAUGUGUUGAACCUCUACCUCUUAGGUGUGGUGCUGACCCUACUUUCCAUCUUCGUUAGAGUGAUGGAGUUCCUAGAGGGCUUACGAGAGAUCCCAUCGCCUGGGACCUCCUGGACCACCAGAAGCCAGCUAGUCAACACAGAGCCCCCCAAGGGCCUUCCAGACCAUCCAUCUAGCGGCAUGUGAUAAGACUUCUUUCUGUGCUGGCCAUAUUUUGCAACACUGACCUACACAUGUCCAGAUGGGAGCCCCAUUCUUAGCAGGCAAGCUGAGCACCAGUGUAACCAGAGAACUAUUACUAGGCCUGGAAGAACCUGGCUAACUGGAUCCUCAUUGCCUGGACAAAGCCUGUUUAGGUCGGCUGCCAUGAUUUACGCAUGUAACCCUAGCACUUUGGGAGGCUGAGGCAGGUGGAUCACCUAAGGUCAGCAGUUUGAGACCAACCUGUCCAACCUGGUGAAACCUAGUCUCUACUAAAAAUACAAAAGUUAGCCGGGCGUGAUGGCAAGUGCCUGUAAUCUCAGCUACUCAGAAGCUGAGGCAGCUGAAUUGCUUAAACCCAGAGGGUGGAAGUUGCAGUGAGCCAAGAUCACACACCUUCACUCCAGCCUGGAUGAAAGAGCAAGAUUCCAUCAAAAAGAAAGAAAAGAAAGAGCCUGUUUAAUGCACAGGUGUGAAUGGAUUGCUCAUGGCUGUGAGACAGGUUGAAUUCACCCUUUCCCCAGGGCCUGCUGUAUGCUGUGCUUUCUUCAGCAGUAUGGCUCUGACAUCUCUUAGAUGUCCCAACUUCAGCUGUUGAAAGAGGAUAUUUUCAACUCUGCUUCCUAAACAUCUGCCAGGGGUUCCUUUAGACAUGAGUGUCUUAUGCUCCAUUAUUUGUGUUCAACCUCUCUUCCGCGAGAGCUCCUCCGUGUUUGGAUGGCAGUUGAAGAGGUGUGUGGGUGGGCUGUUGGGAGGGAGAGGAUGGGGUGUUCAGUGCCCAUUUCUCAUUGUUUUGCAUUUUAAAGUCCUUCCCCUAGCAUAGUGUGUGUUGGUCUGAAGGGGGUCGUGGGAUGCUGGAGCCUGCUCAGGUUACGGACAUUGUGGCCACUAUGUGGCUUAAAUGAUUUUUUCUAAUUAAUAAAGCGGAAUACGUGUUUCUACUA